GGUGCCCUCUUUAACUUUAUGUGAGUGUUGCAGGCUCGUCUGUCGGUGCCAUCGGAUUUAUCAGACACAGUCUUGUCACAUUGGGUUUUCAUUAAACGACAUGUUCACGACCACCGGCUCCCGGGGCCUCUACAAAGCUCCUUUGUCAAAAGGCCUUCUUCUGGUGCUCAGUGGGCUGACUGUGAUGCUGACCAUUCUGCCAAAAUACCAAGGACUAUUCACAUAUAAUUUGCAGGCUAUUGCAAACCAUCAACAGGUUUGGAGGAUGAUGUGUGGUAGGCUGAUCUGUCUAGACCUGAAGGACACUUUUUGCAGCAGCCUGCUCAUCUACAAUUUCCGGAUCUUUGAGAGGAGGUUUGGUACCAGAAAAUUUGCUUCCUUCCUACUGGCCACCUGGUUUCUUUCAGCACUGGUGGACUUCCUGCUUGCCCAGGCUGUCAUCUCACUGUUUGACUAUGAGGUGGAGGAGCUACCUGCAGGACUACUCUCCCCAGUCUUCUCUCUGUUUGUGCCUUUCUACCUGUCCAUCCCCAGGGUACAAGUCACACAGGUCCUUGGUCACAUCCCCAUUACUAACAAGUCUCUGGUCUACAUAGUGGGAUUGCAGCUGCUGACUUCCAGCCCUUUCAUGUGGCUUUUAGCCAUCAGUGGACUGAUCUCAGGUGGGCUCUACCAUUGUAAUGUGCUUUGGCUACAGCGGCUCAUCUUUGUUCCUGUCUGGCUGUCUCGAAUGGGCAGAUUUAUCCUGGAGCCCCUCUUCUCAGGCCCCCAGCCCAGUGGAGAGACUCCUCUCGGGAUGGGUGCCACACUAGACAUCCAGAGGCAGCAGAGGAUGGAGCUGCUGGACCAGCAGCUGCUACUGGCUGAAUUUAACCAGGCCAGGAGGAACAUCAGACAGCAACCACAGACCGGGUUGAUAGAUUGGGCCAGGUUGUUUCCAUCCUUGCGACACAGAGGACAGAAUCAGGCUCCACCCCAGCAUGACAACCAGGGUCCAGCUCACCCGUUUCCCCAACCACAGCCCCCUCUGUUGGACAACUCUCCUGUUGCAGAGGAGCAGGUUGCUUUGUUGGUUGAAAUGGGCUUCUCCCGGAUUGAUGCCCUUGAGGCCCUGAGAGCUUCCAACAAUGACAUCAAUAUGGCAACCAACUUUCUCCUGCAGCACUGAGCACUCUGUGAGAUCAAUGGAGGCAGUUGAGGAUGGCGAGAGAGGGAAGACCCAAAUACAAAUCACAGGAAAGAAAAGUGUUAGAGACAGAGAGAGAGAGAGACAAAUAUGGAGACGAGAAAUAAAAGCUAUGGCCCUGAACAUUUGAAAAAGUGUCACAGCAGGGUUAUGCUAGCACAUUCGCUGUUCAUUAAGUGUGUGAAGCACAAGGUGUAAAGAAUUUGCAUAGUUGCCUUCCAGUGGUCAUUGAAGUGUGAAGCAGGCCUCGUGGCUAUGAGCAGACAAAUCAAACCCUGACCUUUUAAGGGUUUCCUUCAGACAAAAUCUGCAGCAGCCAAGCAGACGAGAGCCUCCAUUGCAGUACAUCCUGAUGAAGUCAGAAGUAUUCAGUCCAGAAGAGUGAAAAUAAAAUCGGAGACUUUUUCUUUUCUCAGAACACAACUGACCAUGAAACUUGGAUAUCAGCUCACGUCACAUACUCUCAACUCUUUGUGGAUAUCUACUCAAACCUAUAUACAAUACAGUUAAAUCGACUUUUCUGUUGAGUGCAAUGCUUCUACUCCUAAUAUGGGCACAAUGUAACCAGCACCCAGGAUGACCGUCGACUCUAUACAGAGAGGAAAAGGACUGCAAGAACACAGACAAGAGUAAGCAAAGCCACUGCACGAUAAUGAAACUAAGGCUAUUUUAGGUCGUGAACAAAAUGGACACUAUUCACUGGUCAUUAGCUUUUCUUUUACUUGGACCCAUGAGCCAUUACAGAGAAGCACUGCUUAUCUUCUAGAUGUUAUGAAGUAAAAGAGGACGACAGAGAGGAGGGGAAACUGGAGAGGCAGGCAGCAGGAUCAGUUGUGAGCCAGAGAUAGGUGUCAUUAUCACAACCCCACCAUCACUAGUCAGUGAAGCUAUGAAGAACAUGACAGACUUUACUGAGAUUAAUAUGCUUCGCCUGUUCUUGUUGAUGGUAGUUCCUGGAUGGGCUGAGACUCAGCCAAACCACAGUCCUUUCUUUGCACUCCACAAUGUGUUCCAACAAAGCCCAUCUUACAUUCAUCAUUCAUGGCCCAAAUAUUACCUGUAGGUUUAUCCCUGUGUAAUUAUAUUCAUGGUGAGAGAGAUUAGUGUAUGGCUGCUUGGAACAAUAUGGUUUAGAUGUGAUAUCUCAGGGUGAGCCGCAUGACUUCUUUUGUAAUGACAAUGAUGCAUUAAUUUUAUUGCAUACACCUCAUGUUCAGAUAUCAGUCCAUAUAUCUAGAGACACAAUACCCCCUCAAAGGGGCCAUCUUUUUCACACAUAAACCGUUGAUCAUUUUUAUUCUCCAUGCAUACAUGCUUUCACACACACACA